CCUUGGAACUAUUGGAAAACGUGGUGCACGCUAGGUUUGUGCAUUCAAUGAAUUUUAAUUACUAAUUUAAAAAAAAAACAAUUUGAGAAACCGUUUCAUUAUGGAUUUCAGGACCUUGCUCUUAUUUUGUUUCAUUUGAGUACAGAAGUAGAUACGGUGAAUCUAUUCAGAUUAUACACAAGUAACAACAAGCAAAUGGUUGUCAUUCAGUUGCAAAUAACAACAUUUAUUUUUUUGUGUCCUUUUACGUGUUUGUACAAGUAUCAAAUCAUCUACUCUAUAUAAACGCAUAAUGGGCUCAAUGCAUUUCUGCACUGAGUUUCCUUCCCUCACAUCCGAUCUAUUAGAUUUCAAGAAACUCGAUACGAAAGAGGAUGGCAAACCAAUUCGCUCAAUACGUUGCCAAUUUGCGACAGGCAUUAUUCGAUGAGCAAAUUCUUAAUGAUGAGCAAUUUACUGAACUGGAAAGGUACGCAGCCGAUACUCCAGGACGUCUUGAGGAAAUUUGUGUUGGAUUCUUCGGACACAUUGUUAAGUUUACUGACUUCAUGGUGCUGGAAUUACAAGGACCUCCCUACGAUUCCCUUUCGAUAGACUGGCUUCUUGAUCAAUUCAGAGGAAAAACCUCAGUUUUUGGAGCUACAAGAGUGACACAUCAAAUCGAUUGCAUGAGGAACAACUUGAAGGAUAGAAAUUUUGAAGCAUGUAAAAUUGCAUUUGAGCAUAUCAAACUGGAAUGUCAGGUCCUGCAGCUCAAACUGGAGAAUUACCUCAAGGUGAAAAAUCAAGGUCCGCCUGCUGAGAUUUAAGACCGACCUGAGCAUGGGGAUAUGGGUUCUGACAGGGAGUAGAAAGUGAUGUGGCGGUUAGACAGCGCCAUCAGAAAGUCAGUGAAGUGAAGUGACAUGAUUUAGUAGAUUUAGUAGUGUCAAAAAAAUGAAGUCAUUGAUCUUGAGUUAUACUUUUGGUCAUGUGAUUUUGUAAUUUAUUUUCAUGUUGAUUAAUGCAAGAGUUGGAAAUUUUUUCGUCUUAUUUUCUUAAUUUGUCCAUUCCAAAACAAAUAAUUCUUUCCAUUUUUAGUAAUUUUUAAAUUUUAACUUUUCACAUGACAUAUUUAAGAGUAUAAGAUUAAAAAGAUAUGUUGGUUCACUCUACAUAUAUUUAGUUUAAAACUAUAAAAUUCAAAAAUCUUUUUACUUUCUUAGA